UGAUAAACAACUAAAAUGUUUGUCUCCCUGUGUUCAGCAGACCGGAUAUAAAACAGGUAAAAACGACAUGUUUCGCUGUUGUCGUUUUUUUUGGAGGUUGCAGAAACAGAUGUUCAUUAAACUGUAUUGAAUGGCCAGAACGAAAUAAUAACGAAAUAAUACCGGAAUAAAUAAAAAAUCGAUAUAUAUAUUUAAUAAAAACGAGAGCACGUAGAAACACGCACGCACGCACGCGCGCCGUAAAAUGCCAUGGCAACCGAACGAUGACCCGACCGAGGGUAUAUAAGGUCAGCGCACUUUCUGAACGUUCCCUUUGCUCUUUGACUUGAACGCGAACUUUAAACCUCCCGUGAAAGCAAACUGCUGAGAACAAAACCUUUGAGUUUUUGACUACUGAGCGGAUUCUACUGGAUACCGAUAUUGUUGGAGAAGUGAACUACUGUAUAACAUCUUUAGUGGAGCACAGACGAGGCUGAAACAGGCCCUCAGGAGCGGCGGAGGAGCGGCGGAGCAUCGAGGACGACCACCGGCUGAAGGAAGUUGGCUGAUUGGAACCUUCAGUGUUCAACUGGUGUUACCUGCAUCAUGGAACGUCCCACACAACCCUGCCCCCUCGGCGAUGACCACGGUGUUCUCCUCAACUCCUCGGAUGAGGUAGGUGAGGUAGGUUAUGCUGUGGGUGAAGUUGAUUUUAUUCCCCUGGCCUUCCCGGAUGACAACGAGGAGCAGGAAAAGGAUGAAGAGGAGGAUGAAGAGGAGGAUGAAGAGGAGGAGGAAGAGGAGCGGCCCAUGUUGGCAAUGGACAGGCAACUGAUGCACUUUGGUCUGGAGGCAGCAUUGUAUUUUCUGGAGGAGCAACACCACGAGGAGGAAGAGGAUGAUGAGGACGGGAAGGAUUCUGGGUACGACUCCAUGUCUGUGUGCGACUCCCUUUCUGAGGACGAUUGGAUGGACUGGGUGGCACCUACGGAAGAAAUGCAACAAGAAGCUUUCCUGCAGUUUGUACUACUGCAACAUCCCCCACUUCCUUCACAUGUGGACCUUCCCGAAGAAGCGCCAAGUCCAGUUCCCCAGACGUCAGGAUUGUCCACCAAGAGGAGCAGGGAAGAGGACGACGCAGGGCAGGUAAGUAGGAAGAGGCAGAGGGAUGAGGACGACCAUGUGGACACAGCCGAAGAGGACUACAGGAACUCGGCACCCUCCACUUCAGGCCUCGCACCCUCCACUUCAGGCCGAGCCCCACCCACAUUCAGAAGAUACUGGCAGUGGGCGGAAGACAGCGACUCGGAUUGAUGUCCUGAAGAAGCGCUGACAGCGCGUCAGGAGUGUCCUCCAAGAAGAGGACAACACAGGGCAGGUAAGUGAGAAAAGGCUGAGGGACGGUUACGAGGACCAUGUGGACAGUCCCUUGUUCUUCAGGGCGAGGCCCCUCAUCCACUAAAAUGACCAAGGAAGAGGACUACAACAUACUGGCAGUUGGCUGAAAACAGCAACUUGAUUGACAGCGACAUUCUGCUUGCUGCAGGAUGUAAAAACCGCCUUCCGCCGUGUUCAGCGAGGUUGGCUAUAGGUAGCAUCUUGCAGCAGAGUUUUUAGGCAUAUCUUUAUGGAUUGAUAAAUUUGCAUCCAGUGCAAUCGCCCCCACUUCCUUCUCUUGUGGAAUGUUCUGACGAAGCACUAAUCCCAGUCCUUCAGAUGUCAGGAGUGUCCUCCAAGUAGGCAAAGGGACGACACUGGGCAGGUAAGUGUGAAAAGGCAAAGAGACGGUGUCGAGGACCAGGUGGACACAGCCCCUUGCACUUCAGGGCUAGGCCCCUGCUCCACUAAGAGGACCAGGGAAGAGGACUACAGGAACUCAGCACCCUCCACUUCAGGUCUCGCCCCUCCCACACACAGAAGAUACUGGCCUCAGGCGGAAGACAGCGACUCGGAUUGAUGUCCUGAAGAAGCGCUGACUCCGUCAGGAGUGUCCUCCAAGCAGAAAAGAGGACAACACAGGGCAAGUGUGAAAAGGCAAAGAGACGGUGUCGAGGACCAUGUGGACAGUCCCUUGUUCUUCAGGGCUAGGCCCCUCAUCCACUAAAAUGACCAAGGAAGAGGACUACAACAUACUGGCAGUUGGCUGAAAACAGCACCUUGAUUGACAGCGACAUUCUGCUUGCUGCAGGAUGUAAAAACCGCCUUCCGCCGUGUUCAGCGAGGUUGGCUAUAGGUAGCAUCUUGCAGCAGAGUUUUUAGGCAUAUCUUUAUGGAUUGAUAAAUUUGCAUCCAGUGCAAUCGCCCCCACUUCCUUCUCUUGUGGAAUGUUCUGACGAAGCACUAAUCCCAGUCCUUCAGAUGUCAGGAGUGUCCUCCAAGUAGGCAAAGGGACGACACUGGGCAGGUAAGUGUGAAAAGGCAAAGAGACGGUGUCGAGGACCAGGUGGACACAGCCCCUUGCACUUCAGGGCUAGGCCCCUGCUCCACUAAGAGGACCAGGGAAGAGGACUACAGGAACUCAGCACCCUCCACUUCAGGUCUCGCCCCUCCCACACACAGAAGAUACUGGCCUCAGGCGGAAGACAGCGACUCGGAUUGAUGUCCUGAAGAAGCGCUGACUCCGUCAGGAGUGUCCUCCAAGCAGAAAAGAGGACAACACAGGGCAAGUGUGAAAAGGCAAAGAGACGGUGUCGAGGACCAUGUGGACAGUCCCUUGUUCUUCAGGGCUAGGCCCCUCAUCCACUAAAAUGACCAAGGAAGAGGACUACAACAUAC